AAUGGCGGCUCGCGAAUCUGGAAGAAUUAAAGAUUCUUAUCAGAAAAGAGUUCUCGAUGAUGCGUCACGUAAACGUCGACAAAAAAAGGCUCUCGAAGCUUUGGAACAGGAUAAUUUUCAUGAAGAUCCUCACGCCGAUUUAGUUAUGAGCAAAAAGGCGCCUAAAUUUCAAGAAACACUCGAGAGUAGAAAUUCCAGUCGAAAGAAAAAAACGCGUUCGGCUGAUUAUUAUAAACAAAGAUUUCGCAAAACUUUUGCACAAUUAGUUGAAGAAGAUUUAAAUUAUAAUCCAACACCGCCAAAUUAUUCCUCAGCACGUGCACCAUCGUCAAAAUUUCCCGAGCGACAUUUUUGCGCUGUCUGUGGAUUUCCUAGUAAUUAUACGUGUAUUCCAUGUGGAGCAAGAUAUUGUUGUACAAAAUGUCUCGGAACGCACUUAGACACAAGGUGCCUAAAAUGGACUGCGUAAAAAAUUAUUUUACCUUAUUUUGUAUUAAAUAUAUUUAAUUAUUAUUAUUAUCAAAGUUAAUAAGUUCUAUGAAACUUGUUGCAUCAUGUAAAUAAUCAUUUUAUACAAAAGAAACUGAUUAUCUCAAUAAAGCAUUUUUGUAAGAAAACAUCAAAA